GACACAAGUGUUUCCCAAGAGGUGGCAACGCUGUUUCCAAAAUUACGAGUCAAAAGUAUUCAAUUUUGAGUUUAAUUUUAAACCCAUUUCGCAUCCUUAAUAUCCGCCAUCUUUCUUUUUCGCCUUUGACGUUUCCGCGGUUCGUGUGCCACUUUAGAAACGCAAAUAUGCAGAACGACGCCGGUGAAUUCGUUGAUUUGUACUGCCCAAGAAAAUGCUCGGCGAGUAACCGUCUUAUUCAUGCCAAAGACCAUGCCUCUGUGCAAUUGGUUAUAGCCGAUGUCGACCCAGCAACAGGACGAGCUGCAGACACCUCCAAGAUCUAUGUUGUCUGUGGAGCCAUCAGACGUAUGGGAGAAUCCGAUGACUGCAUCGUUCGACUUACUAAAAAAGAUGGUAUAUUGACUAAGUAAGUAUAAACAUUUACUAAUAAUUUAGCUACAAUUUGCUUAUAUCAAACCUACUAAUAUUAUAAUUGCAAAAGUUUCUGAGGAUGAUAUAUAUGUUUGAUACUUACAAAAAAGUCUGUUAAGUUAAGUUAAGUUAUUAAUAAAUUAUC